AUUAUAGAAGCAAAAUGUUGCGCUUGACCCCAAAUGGGUAUGAGGUCAUGCUUCUGCUUGAAACUUGUUAACUCGACUUCGAGCACUGUGCUAUAUUUACUAAUGGGUUGUAUCCAACAAAUAUGAUGUACUUUGGCCUCAUAGGGGUCAUCUUUUUGGGUUGUGCGACUGCCACUUUGGCUAGAUGCCUGCUUAACUACUAGUCACUCCAAUGCAUCGACCCAAAAACCACAGUACGUAUGCAGGCGGGGAUGCAGUGGAUAGGAUGGAGGAUAAUAAGAACAAAUUCGACAAGGCCCGGCGCCUUCUGUCGCGGGUCAUGCAUCGCAUCCUGAAGAAUACCUUCCAAGCAUGGGCGGCCCACGCCCGCUUCGAGCGCUCUGCCAAGGAGCUGUCCGCGGUGGUGGACCCCGUGGCGGAUGUGUUGGAUAAGCUGCCUGAGAACCGCACUCCCACCGACGUACAGAAGCUGAUGCCGCUGGUGUCAAAGAUCGACGCCUACCGCCAGCUGCACCCCCCCGUCCGCGAGCUGCUGGCCUCCUACCUGCAGCUGGCAGUGCUGACGGAGCGGGUGGAGCUGCCGCGGGGGCCGGGCGACCACACCUGCCUCUUCUCCGUCGUGUACGGCAGCGUCACGGCGGUGACGGGCGACCCGGCGGAUGCGGCGCUGGCGGCGAUACGGGACUUCGCGAUCACCCACCUGCGCGACACCGCCCCUCCCGACCCCACCUCCGGCUCCGACACCGCACCCCACACACCCCACGCCGGCCCCUCCUCCUCCAAUUUCUCCUACGCCUCCUCAUCCUCUCCCACCGCCACCACCUCUGCCGGCGGCGGCUCCCAGCCCCCCCGCCCCCACCUCUCCGAAACCCCACGCUGUGAAAGCACCCUCAGCAGUGCCACCACCGCCACCACCACCGCCGCCACCACCACCGGCUACAGAGCGAGUGGAGGCGGAGCGGACGCGGCGUCGUGUGUUUCCGCGUCCGCGUCUUUUGUGACGGCGGCGACGGCGGUGGCUGCUGCUGCGGGGGCGUCAGGGGGCGGAGCGGUGGCGGCGGAGGUUUCGGAGCAGCAGCUAACGUCACUGGGGCUGUACGGCGCUGAGGGGGAGGGACUGCAGGGGGCGGCACUGGAGCGGGUCCGCUGCGGGCUGUGGCGCACCGUGGUCCACAUCAUCCACAAGCUCAUGCGGCUGCAGAAGGCGCAGGCACUGCGAGAGCUGGUGGCGCUGCAUGCCGCCGCGCUGGAGGACCUGGCAGUGGCGGUGGGGGGCAAGGGGGCGGCGCUGGCGGGCAGCGCGAAGAAGGCGGCGGCGGCGGCAGCAGCAGCAGCAGCAUCCGGCGGCGGGGGCGGCGGUGCUGGUGGUGCUGCUGCUGCCAGCAAGCUAUCAGCAUCAGCAGCAGCGGGCAAGGGUGCUAGCAGCGGUGGGGGUGAUGGGUGCGGGGGCGGGGUGGGUGCGGUGGUUGAGACGCCCAUCCCUGGGGUGCCGGAGGAGGCGUACCUGGCGCUGCUGCCGGCGCUGGCGGCGCUGAAGACGCAGGUGACGGCGGUGGAGACGUGGCAGUCGUUCUCCGGAAGGGAGCUGCUGUGUGCCGACGAGGUGGGUCUGGCUGCGGACGUGGGCGGCGGCGGCAGCGGCGCGGGGUGGGCUGCGGGCGAGCUGCCGGGCAGAGCCAUCGCGGCAGUUACUCCGCGGCACCGGCUGGUGGCGCUGGUGUUCGUGAGCCGGGAGGUGUACCGCCGGGCCAUGGCAAUGCAGUCCGAGAUCUCCAUCCGUCGUGCAGUGGACAGCUGCUGCCGGCUGCCCUUCCUGCGCCACACGCCGCUCAAGGAGCUCUACCGCCUGGCGCGGCACAUACACGAGGCCGCGUUCGAGCCGGGGGAGGUCAUACUGCAUCAGGGUCGCGAGAACGGCUUCCUCUACUUCCUCAUCCGCGGCGAGGUGGCGGUGGUACUGGACCUCCCCCACACCUCCGACCCGCUGGCACUGGCAGGCGCGCUGGUGGCGCUGGGCGGCAGCAAGCCCUCGCCGCAGCAGGCGCAGGCGCUGGCAUGGCAUGCGGCAGGGGGGGCGCCGGGGG